AUGUUUCCUUUUUCCCUUUAUCCCUUAUUUCUCUUUCUUACUCCAACAAUGUUUUCCCUUUUUUUUCCCUUUAUCCUUUAUUCUCUUUUCUUAUUCUCUUUCUUUAAUGUUUCCCCUUUUUCUUUAUCCCUUGUUUCUCUUUCUUACUGCAACAAAUGUUUUCCCUUUUCCUUUAUCCCUUAUUUCUCUUUCUUACUGCAACAAUGUUUUCCUUUUCCUUUAUCCUUUUCUCUUUCUUACAACAAUCUUUUCCCUUUUCCUUUAUCCUUAUUCUCUUUCUUACUGCAACAAUGUUUUCCCUUUUUCCUUUAUCCCUUGUUUCUCUUUCUUACGUUAAUGUUUUCCUUUUCCUUUAUCCCUUGUUCUCUUUCUUACUGCAACAAUGUUUUCCUUUUCCUUUAUCCAUGUUCUCUUUCUUACUGCAACAAUGUUUCUUUUUUCCUUUAUCCUUGUUCUCUUUCUUACUGCAACAAUGUUUUCCCUUUUCCUUUAUCCCAUUUCUUUCUUACUGCAACAAUGUUUUCCUUUUCCCCUUUAUCCUUAUUCUCUUUCUUCUUUGCAACAAUGUUUUCCUUUUCCCUUUAUCCUUGUUCUCUUUCUUACUGUUUUCCAACAAUAUUUUUCUUUUUUCCUUUAUCCCUUGUUCUCUUUCUUACUGCAACAAUGUUUCCUUUUCCUUUAUCCCUUAUUCUCUUUCUUACUGCAGCAAUGUUUUCCCUUUUUCCUUUAUCCCUUAUUUCUCUUUCUUACGUCAACAAUGUUUUCCCUUUUCCUUUAUCCCUUGUUCUCUUUCUUACUGCAACAAUGUUUUCCUUUUUCCUUUAUCCCUUGUUCUCUUUUUCUCUUUCUUUUUUCCUUAUUCUCUUUCAACAAUGUUUCCCUUUUUCCUUUAUCCCUUAUUCUCUUUCUUACUGCAACAAUGUUUUCCCUUUUCCUUUCUCUUUCCUGCAACAAUGUUUCUCUUUCCCUUACUGCAACAAUGUUUUCCUUUUCCUUUAUCCCUUGUUCUCUUUCUUACUGCAACAAUGUCUUUCCUUUUUUUAUUAUUCUCUUUCUUUGCAACAAUGUUCUCUUUUCCUUUAUCCCUUGUUCUCUUUCUUGCAACAAUGUUUUCCCCUUUUCCUUUAUCCUUUUUCUCUUUCUUACUGCAACAAUGUUUUCCCUUUCCUUUAUCCCUUGUUCUCUUUCUUACUGCAACAAUGUUUUCCUUUUUCCUUUAUCCCUUGUUCUCUUUCUUACUGCAACAAUGUUUUCCUUUUUCCUUUAUCCCUUGUUCUCUUUCUUACUGCAACAAUAUUUUUCUUUUUCUUUAUCCUUGUUCUCUUUCUUACUGCAACAAUGUUUUUCCCUUUUCCUUUAUCCCUUAUUCUCUUUCUUACUGCAACAAUGUUUUCCCUUUUCCUUUAUCCCUUACGUCCUAAUGUUUUUCUCUUUCUUACUGCAACAAUAUUUUCCUUUUUUCCUUUAUCCUUAUUUCUCUUUUCUUACUGCAACAAUGUUUUCCUUUUUCCUUUAACAAUGUUUUCCUUUUCCUUUCCCUUAUUCUCUUUCUUACAAUGUUUUCCUUUUCCUUUAUCCCUUGUUCUCUUUCCUUUUCCCUUUUCCUUUUCCAUUUCUCUUUCUUACUGCAACAAUGUUUCCCUUUUCCUUUUCCUUGUUCUCUUUCUUUGCAACAAUGUUUUCCCUUUUCCUUUAUUGUUCUCUUUCUUGCAACAAUGUUUUCCUUUUUCCUUUAUCCCUUGUUCUCUUUCUUACUGCAACAAUUUUUUCCCUUUUCCUUUAUCCCUUAUUCUCUUUCUUACGUCAAUGUUUCCUUUUCUCUUUUUCCUUUAUCCCUUGUUUUUCCUCUUUCUUAUUCUCUUUCUUAAUGUUUUCCCUUUUCCUUUAUCCCUUAUUUCUCUUUCUUACUGCAACAAUGUUUUCCCUUUUCCUUUAUCCCUUGUUUCUCUUUCUUACGUCCUUAAUGUUUUCCCUUUUCCUUUGUCCUUAUUUCUCUUUCUUACUCAACAAUGUUUUCCCCUUUUCCUUUAUCCCUUAUUUCUCUUUCUUACGUCUAAUGUUUUCCUUUUCCUUUAUCCCUUGUUCUCUUUCUUACUGCAACAAUGUUUUCCCUUUUCCUUUAUCCUUGUUCCUUACAUGUUUUUCUUUUUCUUUCUUACUUCUUACAAUGUUUUCCUUUUUCUUUAUCCCUUGUUCUCUUUCUUACUGCAACAAUUUUCCCCUUUUCCUUUAUCCUUUUCUCUUUUCUUACUGCAACAAUGUUUUCCCUUUUCCUUUAUCCCUUUUCUCUUUCUUACUGCAACAAUGUUUUCCUUUUCCUUUAUCCCUUGA